AUGGUCACGACUCCAUUGCAUUCCUCGCCGAAAAGCAGUCUGAAAUCUUCAACGACCUCACUGCGCUCAGUACAUACUCAGUCUGGUCGUAUGGGGCCUAGUGAGCCUAAGCACAGAACAACCAAAUCCUGGUCUAUAUGGGGAGGUAAUGACGAGGAAGAACCGGAGUUAUCUAAUAAAAAUAAAGGAAAGGAAACCGCCCAAGACAACAGUCAAGAAAAUGACAAUGUUUCAAAUGAGGGAACACGCUUGCACGAUAAUCAACAAACAACGAUUUUAAAGGAAACCACCAGGAUCGAGAAGGGUGAGAAGGACAAAAAAGACAGAAAUGCAGCUAUAGUAGAAAAAAACACAAGACCACGAGCAUGGCCAUUCUUUUGGGGCCGUAACAAAAAAGAUCCGGAGCCGACGCAUAACAUUCCCACUGAUGCGGAUAAUAACACUUUAUCACGUUUAGCAAAUAGUCUAAAUCCGGCUCCUCUAACCAACACUUACAUACCUUAUAAACCUGAUGCUAUAUUGAUCAGAGAUAAAGGUGUCAAAACUGCUAAGAAAUUAACAGAUGACAUAGGCAAUCAGUUUCCUAACAUUGUUGUACCAAGUUUCGAUAUUUUACCGAAACAAACCAUAUGGAAUACAGUCACAUCCACAAUUUGGAAGUGGAAGACUGAAUACUGGGAUAGAAGACCUUCAUCAAGGGUACGAGAGGGGGAAGAACAGGUGCAGCACUCACAAAAUCAGUUAAAAGAGGAAACAAACACAGUUGCAAACGAGGCAAAAGAUGAGGAGCGGUUGGAACACAACAGAGGAUCUCUAUUUAGGGUUGAUCCAUGGAAAAAAAUAAACCUUCUAUCAGAUUACCAAUCUAGGCCCAUCAGAGUUCUCAUUGUCGGCGUUCAUGGGUUCUUUCCAACAAAAAUUAUUAGACCGUUUAUUGGUGAGCCAACGGGUACAUCUACCAAGUUUGUCACAGAAGCUGAGGAAAUAGUGAAGGAAUAUUUUGAUCAACAUAAAGUACCCAUUGAAAUAAGCAAGAUCGCUCUUGAAAGAGAAGGAGAGAUAUUUGAUAGAGUAGAUUUCUUCUACGAAGUUAUGAAGCAUUGGAGCAAAGAAAUAAACAAUUCUGAUUUUAUUUAUUUUGUUAGCCAUUCGCAGGGGUGUCCGGUAACCAUUAUGCUUUUAGCGAAGCUGAUCAAAAACGGCAUAAUAAACCUUGAUAAUUCUCAAUUUUUCAACGAUGAAAUUCAGUUUUGUUCGUCCAAAAAAAUUAUCUCGGUCUUGGCCAUGGCAGGUAUCAAUAAUGGUCCAUUCUACGGUGCAGAUCAAACUUUGUUUGUUCGUGCUUACCAGACGAUUGAAAAAGACUCAUUGAGGGAGUUAUUCGAGUUUCAAAAGUUUGAUUCCAAACAAUCGCAAAGCUUCAUAGAAGGCCUAAGAACAAUCAUAUCAAAUAACGUUAAGAUUACAUUUGUGGGAUCCAUCAAUGAUCAACUGGUCCCUCUGUAUUCAUCCACAUGUCUUUUUGCCAACCAUCCCAAUAUAUUUCGGGCCAUUUUUAUUGAUAGAGGAUCACAAACUCCAGCAUUUAUCACUCGCAUAGUUAAAAUUGCUGGUUCACUCUUAAACCUGGGUUAUAACGAUCACGGAAUCAUAAAGGAAAUAAGCGGAUCUCUGGCGGGCACCCUGACAGGAGGUGGUCACUCUACCAUUUAUAAUGAGAAACAGGUCUACCAUCUGGGCAUCAAAUUUGCAUUAGAAACAACCGAUUUGUCCGAAAUGUAUCCAAUUGAGUACUCACCAUAUAAAUUGUCUGAGUUAGGAGCCAACCCCUAUCGUCUGCCAUGGUGUAUGAGGGGAUUGAUGUACGAGUCCAACAAGCAUUUCAGUAAUGAAGAAAUCAAGAUGUUGUUUAAGGAAUUUGAGGAAUGGGAGCCUGAGACAAAGCAAUUGAAGGACAUAAAAAACAGGCUUAAUGGUUUGAAAUAUCGACUCUGA